AUGCUUGAUCAAUUCUUGGAAUUCACUAAAUGUAAUGUAAUAGUUGUCGAUUGGAGCAAAGGAAGUAAUGGCACAUAUGCACGAACAUCACUAGACAACGUGCAUAUAUUAGGAUGCUCAUUAGGGGCGCAUACAGCUGGGUUUGUCGGCCAUGCGCUUGGAGGCAAAAUAGGCCGCAUUACCGGGCUUGAUCCAGCUCGCCCUGGGUUUACCGACCCUAAGGUGGACAGACUUAACAGUACAAACGCUGCAUUUGUCGACGUUAUACACUCGGAUGUGCCUACAGAGGGUAAAGGUUUACAAGCAGGCUUUGGCAUCAAUCUAAAUGUUGGACACAUAGACUUUUGGCCAAACGAUGGCGUUGGCGCUCCUGAUUGUAUAGUAGAAUGCAUGAAAACGGAGUUUGCUAUGCAGCUUAAUAAUUCUUAUACUAAUACUGAUAAAGAGAAAAAUCUAUUAGCUUGCAUGUCAUGCAGUCACGGGAUGGCCGCUAAUUAUUACGUGGACAGUAUUAAUCCCGACAAUCCUAAGGGUAGGGCCCAUCAAAACGGGACAAGUAUUGUUGGACCCAUGUAUGCUAUUAUCGGCAAAAAGGCCAUAGAUUCCAAAUCGGAUAAAGACUUGACAAAAGGCAAAUCCUAUUACCUGACCACUAAAGCCAACUCUCCGUAUUUUUAUACUGAAAAUUAA